AGAUGUAGGCGGGAUCUUUAGAGGAGGGGGGGGGGACCGUCCUGCUGCUCUGCCAUUGGUUUUAACGGCUUUCCCAUUAUCUUUUAAAUGUCUGGCGGUGGUGCCAAACACGGAGCUACGUGUGAAGGGGCAUCAAGGUUGUUUAUACUUAUUAUAGCGUAUUCUGUGUGAGUAACAACACGCUUUUUUUCAGUUUAAAGAGUUUCCAAAGGUGCAAGAUGGUGACGAAGAGGAUCCGGUCGGAGUACAUGAAGAAAUUCAAAGACCCCAAAUGGGAGACUUACACUAAAUGUUACGAGGAGAUGCUGAAGUACAGGCUGACCCGCAGGCUGCUGGAGCACACGCAUAACCCCUGGUUCUGGAGCGGCUCCGACACUGACUCGGACUCGGGAGGAAGAAGUCCCCCUCCUGCUCCCAGUAAGAACCAGAUACGGGACCAGGGGGAGACCGGCGGAGACCGAGCGGAGACUGAACUGGAGGAGUGUGAGGGGGCGAGGACGGACAGACAGCAGGAGCUGCAGACCAGAACCACAGGGCCCGUACCUAGGCUUCCUAUUCAAGAGGAAGAGGAAGAGAGAGGGUCUGCUGCACAGUCUGCAGUCCAUGGGGCAGAGUCUGAUGCUGUGAGGGAGACAAGGGUACUACAGGAGGAGACAGAGGAGGAGAGAGCCGGCAGCAGAGGCAAGAAAGACCCGGGAGGACACCGAUCACAGCCAAGUAAACCAUCCAGAUCUUCAAGGCAACCCCGGCGCUCGCAGUGGGUCAGGGCUGCACCGUCACAGCCGCCCAGAGAGGACAGUAAGGAGAGCAGACAUCCUUUUGCCCUGUAUGGCUCUGGGGAGAAGGAUGCAGACACUGCAGGCAGGAAGACACACAACGUUGGCCCCGCGGCCUCGACUAAUGAGAUCCAUGAAUCUGCUCUGCGUGCUAAGAUCAGGCGGGAGGUGGAGCGUCAGAUCCAGACCCAGCAAUCUGAGCGGCGGAGAGCCAAGUCUGCUGACCUGGACAAGGCCAGAAAAGUGAUCCAGCCCGAGUUCAACCCCUGGCUCACUGAGUACAUGCGCUGCUUCUCAGCCCGGUCCCGAUAGGACACACACAGGAAAAAAAAACCUUUACAUCAGGAUGACCCUAGACAACAAAUACAAAACUGAAGCCAUCACUGCCUCUCACCUUUAAAGUUUGAACUUCAAGUGACCGAGAAGGCCUAUAUUUCUACAUUUUAUUUAUAAAAAUGUUUCUUAGUAUGAAUUUGUCAGCUUACUUCUACAGCUUUCCACCAUUUUUAGAGGAAUUGGUCCAUUGUGUGGCAAGGAUAAUGGAACGUUUUGUUAUUUAUUACCCCACAAUAAAAAGGGCCUAAUAUAUA